AUGUCUACAGAUGAAGAAUUCAGGCUCGAAAUCCGAUUCCCAAUGCUAAAGGUCAAGAAUGAUGAUGAUCGAACUGGAAUAAUUAUCGAUGGAGAAGAGUCCUGUGGCACCCCAAAGUCUUCCGAAUGUACGAUCCCUGAGGCACUCAACUGCCCACCGGCGCCGAGGAAGUCGAAGUCGAAGUCGGCACUCUCAUGCAAGAGAAAAUUGUAUUAUGAGUUGGAGAUGGUAUCAAGUGAAGAAACUGAUUCACUUUUCAGAAUAUUUGAGGCCAACGUUAACGGCGCUGGCGCCACCAAGAAGAGAAGAGAGAUUUAUUCUUGA